AUGAGUGCGAGGCACGCCGUGGUGCAGCGCCUGCACUCGAACCAGUUCGCCUUUGUGGCAGAAACAGAGGAUGGUAAAUUGCUCGCCUGGGGUUGCCCGCAUCGUGGGGGCGACACAAGUUCCACGGCAUCUGCCUUGCAUGGGCAUGUCGUUCAGGAAGUAUCUUCCAACGCGAGCGCCUUCGCGGCGCGCUUAGAAGAUGGCAGCGUGGUGACGUGGGGGGAUCCGGACUUUGGAGGUGACAGCUCAUCGGUCCGGCACCGCCUGACUCUCGUCCGGAAAGUCUACAGCUCACGGCGUGCCCUCGCAUUUGCUGCGGUCCGCGAAGAUGGAUCCGUGGUGACUUGGGGCCGCCCAGAUGUUGGAGGCAACACUGCUGACUUGCAGCACAAGCUGACAAACAUACGGACCAUUGAAGUCUACUCCUUUGCCUGGGUAGCACUCCGCGGAGAUGGAAGCGUCGUGACAUGGGGUGAUCAGGAGAGGGGCGGGGACAGCAGCUCUGUGCAGGAGCAGCUUCGAGAUGUUGAGAAGGUGUGCGCCAAUGCGUACGCAAUGGCCGCGAUCCGACGGGAUGGCAGCGUGGUGACUUGGGGCAGUGACGCACGUGGAGGUGACAGCAGCCACGUGCAGCAUCAGCUCACCGAAGUGGAGGAAAUUUACGCUACUUCUGGCGCAUUUGCAGCCGCACGUGCUGAUGGCUCCCUAGUGACCUGGGGCGACGCCGCGCGAGGCGGUGACCGCUUGCCUGCCCGGUUCCGAGGAUGUAGCAGGGCCACUGUUCAGCUGCCGGCUAGCAUUUUUGGCUUUGCGAUUGUGCUCCUGUUUCUUUUGCUCGCGAUGGGCGCUAUGUGGGCUGCUAUCUGGAUGUUGGCUGCAGCUGCUGCGGUUGCGCACCAAGACGUGGCACCCAACACGUCUGCUCGGAACACCAGCACGGCUGCGAACCACAGCGCAGCCACGAAUCACAGCGCGACCACCAAUCAAAGCACGGUGUCCAGCACUGCUGCAAACCACAGCGCAGCCACAAAUCACAGUGCAACUGCCAAUCAAAGCAAGGUGCCCAGCACAGCGACAAACCACAGCGCAGCCACGAACCACAGCGCAGCCACAAAUCAUAGCGCAACCGCCAAUCAAAGCAAGGUGCCCAGCGCAGCCACAAAUCACAGCGCAGCCACCAAUCAAAGCACGGUGUCCAGCACCCCUGCGAACCAAAGUGCAGCUACGAAUCACAGCGCCACCACAAAUCACAGCACUUUGCCGAAACCUAGCCCGGCUUCAGAUCAGACUCCUUCAUCUGGUCACGGCUCUGGCACGGGAAACAUUCACCCAGUGGUCAUCAAGGGGAACAUGCUCUACGAUUCGGUCACCGGCAAGCGCUUCUUCGCGAAGGGCGUGGCCUACAACCCAAGGAACGGCAACUAUGGGCAAGUCCUCGGCGCGCACAAGCCUGAGUGUAUCCCGGGUCGGCCCAAGUUUCCGCAACUUGCAUACUAUGCGGAUCCUGCUGCAGAUGACAUGGAAGAGCAGUUCAAAGACUAUUUGCCCCUCAUUGCAGGUCUUGGAGCAAAUGUGAUUCGGCUCUACAACAUUGAUCCAGAAAAGUCGCACCGCAAGUUCAUGGAGCAGGCCGCUUCGCUGGGCCUGUACGUCAUGGUCCCCUUGACACGUGGUGACUGGGGUUUCCUGCCAGCACUGCCCUCACCGCAGUGCUAUUUUGAGGACCUUCCCGACUACGGCCAUGUUGGCUUGAAUCUGCUCACUUCUGCCAAGCUUAUUGUGGACCAGUUCAGCCAGUACGAGAACACGUUUAUGUUUGUGGUUGGCAAUGAGAUCGAUCACCUGGAUCGACAGGGCUAUGCUGCCUACCCUUGCGUGAAGGCUCUCACCAGGGAUAUGCACCGCUAUCAGAAAGCCGAAGGAUAUCGCAAAGUUCCGCUGAUCUACUCCAACAAGGAUCAAGGCGGCCAAGUCCGCUUGGACAUCGCGGAGUACUUGACCUGCGAGCUGGAGAGCCCAGAUGAUGCCGUGGACGCUUUCGGGCUCAACGUGUACUCCUGGUGUGACCCAGAGUAUGUUGACGGGACUGGGGCUGCGAAUUUCCAGUACUCUCCGUACCAGGACAUCGUACGCCACUUCGCGUCCUUUUCAAAGCCCUUCCUGUUCACGGAGUUCGGCUGCAAUAUCGGAAGCUUCAAGUGGGAGUGCCCUGAUUACCGCGGCGGCCGCACCUGGCCUCAAGUGUCCGUUAUGCUCGACAAGAUGAGCGACUUCGUGAGCGGCGCAGUUGCCUUCGAAUUCUCCAUGGAGAACAACGAGUUUGGCCUUGUGAUCACCCCGGGCUUCCUGAAAGGCCAGAACGACAUCAAACUCACGGAUAGCUACUUCGCCUUGAAGGAGCAGUUCAA